AUGAAAAGAAUCAUAGUAGAGUAUAGUCCAAAGAUUAGAUUUAAUGUACUAUCAGCAUCAUCAAUGUCAAACGUUAACAGUAAUAGUUCAAGAUGGAGUGGUAUAAGUAAUAUGGUAUUUGGUUAUGCUAAUAACAAUAGCAAUGUAAAGACUACAACUGCAACUACAACUAUGACACCUUCACCUUCAUAUAAAAGAGAAUUUAGUAGUUCAACAACACAAGAAUCAAUAUUGGAAGAAUUGAAUAAGAACCUUGAUUACUAUUACCAUUCAAAUGAUCCAAGUCAUAGAGAUGUGAUGCAAAAGUUGGCCGAUAAAUUGGUUGAAUUGGAUGCAAACAACUACAAGAGCCAUCUAAAGAGCUCGACAAUCUAUGGUGAAAAGUUGGGAGACUAUGAACACGCUGUCAAAGACUUGAGAAAGUCGAUAGAGUUGAUGAUCAGACAAAAGGUGGCUAUGGGUGACAUGGUACACCACUUGCAUCAAUUGGCAUCAUACUAUCACAAGAUGGAUAUGUACGAGAGUGCUGAGGACGUGUACAGACGUGUCCUCAAGAUUGCACCCGACAAUACUGCCAAUAUGUUGUUGUUGGCAUCGAGUUGUGUCGCACGUGGAGACUAUACUGCCGAAGUAUCAGGACUCUUUAAAAAGGUGUUGUUCAAAGAGACUGAAAACAUCAAUGCAAUGCUUGGACUGGGAACAUGUCUAACAUCGUACGGACAGUUGCCAGAAGCUGAAAAGUUGUUCCAACGUGUCAUUGACCUCAGCAACAAGAAGCCAAAGGAAACACUUGGUCUCGUUGCCACUAUGAUUGUACACGAGAGUGCACUUCGACUCGGACAACUAUUCCAAUACAGAAAUAUGAAUGAAAAGGCAGUAGGUGCAUUCCAAACUGCUCUCAGUUAUCAUCCAACUCAUCAUGCCACCUCUCUAGUACUUGCUAAAACACUCAUGGAUAUUAAUCUGCAUGCACGUGCCUACAAUGUUAUAGUUGAUUCUUUUAAUCAUCCAAAUGAAGAUAUUGGAGAAACAAUGGCAAUGAUGGAAAUUCAAAUAGAUUGUUUGAGACAUUUGAAAAAGUAUAGAGAAGCAUUAGACUUGGCACGUGAUUUGGAGAGUAAGAUGAUCGAUUGUGGUGAAGCAUAUUUAAUACCAAGAAUGAAUUUAUUGAUAAAGACAAUCGAUACAAUGAUCAAUUUUGUAUCGGAAAGAAUCAACAAGGAGAAUCAGUUUUCGUUGACUGAUUUCCUCGCCAAGAAGGGUAAAACAAUCAAAAAGGCUAGAACAGAGGAAAUCGAUGCCAUUGCAGACUACUCCAACUCUAUCUAUCAGGAUUUAUCCAGUGCCGACGUAAGUGAUGCCAAUUCAGUCAUAUUCUUUGAUGACGUUGCUUCACUCUACAGAGACAUCUCAAUUGGUGCCAUUCUUUUAAUCAACAACAAAUCAAAAUUUGAACCAAAAGAUUUUGCAGAGUAUAGUAAAUACCUUGUAGAUUAUUAUAAUAGUUUUUGGGUAAAAGAAUAA